UACUCUUCAUCUUCAUCUUCUCCAUCUCUGUCUUGUUUCUUCUUCUUGCAAUGCCUGCACCUCUAAGUAAUCCCCAUUUCUUCCUCCUCCUGUUCUUCUUCAUCUUCUUGGAUAAUUGCCACUCCAUUGAUGAGCAAGGCCGAGCUCUGCUAGCAUGGAAGAACACUCUGCAAAACCCCACCAAUGCCCUUUCUUCCUGGAAUUCUUCCCAACCCAAUCCCUGCCAUUGGUUUGGGAUUUCCUGCAACUCCGGUGGCCAUGUCGACAAGAUUCAGUUGAAGUCGAUCAACCUCCAGGGCCCAUUGCCUUCGGGCCUUCAGCCCCUCCCCUUUCUCAACACUCUCAUUCUCUCAUCGGCUAACCUCAGCGGCCCCAUCCCGCCGGCGUUCGGCGACUACCGGGAACUGGUUUUCAUCGACGUCAGCGAUAACGAAAUCUCCGGCGAGAUUCCGCCGGAGCUCUGCCGGCUCGGGAAGCUACAGAGUUUGUACCUCAAUACUAAUUCUAUUAAAGGCGCCAUUCCGUCGGACGUCGGGAAUCUCUCCAGCCUCCGGCAUCUCAUCCUCUUCGACAAUCAGCUCAGCGGCGGAAUUCCGGCGAGCAUCGGGAAAUUGAGCAAUCUUGAAACGUUGAGAGGCGGCGGGAAUCAGGACCUCAAUGGUGAAUUGCCGCCGGAAAUUGGGAACUGUAGCAGCCUGGCGGUGCUCGGCCUGGCGGAAACCGGCAUUUCCGGCAGACUUCCGGCGUCCAUCGGCCGGCUGAAAAAGCUUCAAACUGUAGCAAUAUAUACGUCGAUGCUUUCCGGCGCCAUUCCGGAGGAGAUCGCCGAUUGCACCGAGCUACAGAGCUUGUAUUUGUACCAGAACUCCAUCACAGGCCCGAUUCCACGACGAAUUGGGGAGCUCAAAAAUCUCGAAAGCCUGCUGCUGUGGGCAAACAGCAUCGUCGGCGCCAUUCCAUCGGAGCUCGGAACCUGCCGGAAUCUAAAAGUCAUAGACUUAUCGGAAAAUCAAUUGACAGGGAACAUUCCGGCGAGCUUCGGAGGACUUUCCAGGCUCGAGGAACUCCAGCUGAGUGUUAAUCAAUUGACAGGGACAAUCCCAUCGGAGCUGAUGAACUGCACAUCCCUAACCCACCUAGAAUUCGACAACAACGCCAUCUCCGGCGAAAUUCCCGACGAUAUUGGCAAAUUGAGGAGCCUGACCCUGUUUUUCGCCUGGAAGAACAACCUCACCGGCGGCAUCCCGGAAUCCUUAUCCCGGUGUGAAGAUCUCCAAGCUCUUGAUCUGUCCUACAACCAGCUCUCCGGCACCAUUCCGAGACAGAUCUUCGGGCUAACAAACCUCACGAAACUGCUGCUCGUUUCGAAUGAUCUUACAGGUUUUGUUCCACCGGACAUCGGCAACUGCACGAACCUGUAUCGAUUCAGGAUCAACGACAACAAGCUGGGAGGCACUGUUCCAUUCGAAAUCGGAACGUUGAAGAAUUUAAAUUUCCUUGACAUGAGCAACAAUCGCCUCACCGGAGCAAUUCCCCGGUCGAUAUCAGGCUGCGAACGCCUCGAAUUUCUUGAUCUCCAUUCGAAUGCGCUGACAGGCGCCUUGCCGGAUACUCUUCCGGCGACUCUACAGUUCGUUGACGUCUCCGACAACAGGAUCACCGGUCCCCUCGCCUCCAGCAUCGGUUCUCUCUCCGAAUUAACCAAGCUUAAUCUCAAUAAGAAUCAGCUCUCCGGCCAAAUUCCGGCAGCGAUCAUCUCCUGCAGUAGGCUGCAACUGCUGGACCUCGGGAGCAACGGCUUUUCGGGUGAAAUACCGAAAGAAAUCGGCCAGCUUCCAUCGCUAGAAAUCUCCCUCAACCUCAGCUGUAACCAGUUCACCGGUGAAAUCCCGGCUGCGUUUUCAGCCCUCGACAAAUUAGGGAUCCUUGAUCUUUCUUACAACAAGCUGUCCGGGAAACUCGACAACCUCAAAGACCUGCAGAACCUCGUCGCCCUCAACAUUUCCUUCAAUUCGUUCUCCGGCGAACUCCCCAGUACUCCGUUCUUUCGCAAGCUUCCUCUCAGCGACCUCGCCGGAAACAAAGACCUAUACCUCUCAGGCGGAGUCAAAACUCCGGCUGACGGCAUGGAUCCUUCGAGACAUGCCAAGACUACGAUGAAGUUAGCAAUGGCGAUUCUCGUCAGCACGAGCAUAGUACUCGUGCUUCUCGCCGUUUACGUGCUGCUCAAGAGCCGAGUGGCGAAUAACAAAUCAAUGGAAUCCGAUACCUGGGAGAUCACGUUCUAUCAGAAGCUAGAAUUCUCAAUCGACGACAUAGUGAGAAGCCUCACAUCCUCGAACGUGAUCGGGACAGGAAGCUCGGGCGUCGUCUACAAGGUCACAGUCCCAGCCGGGGUGACGCUAGCCGUUAAGAAGAUGUGGUCAUCGGAAGAAUCCGGAGCAUUCACCUCCGAGAUUCAAACUCUCGGCACGAUCAGGCACAAGAACGUCGUGCGCCUUCUAGGUUGGGGUUCGAACGGGGCUUUAAAACUGUUGUUCUACGAUUAUCUUCCUAACGGGAGCUUGAGCUCGCUUCUUCACGGAGCUGGGAAGCGAGGCGCCGAAUGGGAACUGAGAUACGAUGUGAUCACAGGCGUCGCGAAUGCCCUGGCCUACCUGCACCACGACUGCGUCCCCCCGAUCAUGCACGGGGACGUCAAGGCCAUGAAUGUUCUACUAGGGCCCCGAAUGGAAGCGUACCUGGCUGACUUUGGCCUCGCAAGGCCCGUCAACGGUGUAGACGGGAACUUCGAUUCUUCGAAACAGAGUCAAAGACCUCAUCUAGCAGGCUCCUAUGGCUACAUGGCUCCAGAGCAUGCUUCCAUGCAACGCAUCACGGAGAAGAGUGAUGUCUACAGCUUCGGAGUGGUCCUGUUAGAGGUCCUGACAGGUAGGCACCCGUUGGACCCGACGUUGCCGGGCGGGACACAUUUGGUUCAAUGGGUCCGCGACCACUUGCACAGCAAGCGCGACCCCGUCGACGUUCUGGACCCGAGGCUGAGGGGGAGAGCUGAUCCACAGAUGCACGAGAUGCUGCAGACAAUAGCUGUGGCAUUCCUCUGUCUGAGCACACGUGCAGACGAUCGCCCGAUGAUGAAGGACGUCGUGGCCAUGCUGAAAGAGAUACGCGGCGUGGACACAAGAUCCGACAGCGAUUUCUCGAAAGGGGGCUUAACAGCCUCUGCUCCCAGGUCGUCGCUGCCGCCUAAAAAAGUUAUAUCACACGGGUCGUCGAGCUGCUCGUUCGGAGCAUUCUCCGACGACUCGGUGUAAUUAAGGUUUCACGAAUUGAGUAGAACAAACAAGUGAUCGAUCUCACUGUGUAUAAUCAAAGGGAGCCUUCUGCUGUUCUUAGUCCUGUAGAGUGUAAUAAUAAUAAACCAGUUGCUGCUUAAGCUAAGAAUUGGAGGGAGGCUAAGUGAAAUUCCUUCAAUGCCCCUCACCCUUGUGUAUCAUUUUACUGCAAUUGUAACUUUAUUGCAAGAAAAGCUAUAAGAUUCCAAUGUAA